UUGGUUUUGUGAGGCUUGCACCACUGCAUCGUUCUUUCAACGAGACAGUCCAAUUUAUGCAUUACGGCUAUGUAGGCACUACACGAUAUCAAAACGCUGCGCCCGGGCUUACUCCACUUAUCUUCACUAUCAUUGCAAUAUUAUUGGAACUUUGCAAGUGCCUACAAGACUAAAUUCAUUCGUUACAUUUCAGUUAUACGAUAAAGUGUUUAUAAUUUGUAACACGUAUUAAAACACAGUGGAAUAGAACGCGAAAGUGAAGCGAAAUAUACGCAAGUUCUUGUUCUCGUGUUUAACAUCGAUUGUAUCUAUAAUAUGAAUUUUGUACCAGUUAAAAGCUUGUGACUGUUCUGUGCCGUACCUGGUGCCGUUUUCUUCGUUUUACGAAUUGUUUAAAAUUAAUACUGUGAAGAUUACAAAUUUCAUACAGCUAUGGCAGAAGGGAAUGGAGAAAUAAAAAUGGAAGAGAAGCAAUCUAAGGAAGAAAUGGAAUACACAGAAAGAACAGAAGACUUUGCAAAAUUAAUUCAGUAUGGACUGGAUGAAAAAGUAGCUGCUAAAUUAGACGAAAUUUACAAGACAGGAAAAUUAGCACAUGUAGAUUUGGAUGCAAGAGCAUUAGAUGCAUUGAAAGAAUUUCCUGUCGAUGGUGCAUUAAAUGUACUCAUACAAUUUCUUGAAUCUAAUUUAGAGCAUGUAUCAAACAAAUCCGCAUAUUUAUGCGGUGUAAUGAAAACAUAUAGACAAAAAAGUCGAGGUGGACAAGGUACUGGUACCAGCACGACUCCAAAAGCACCAGAUGAGGAUAAAAUAAAAAUGAUUCUUGAACGAACUGGGUAUCCUUUGGAUGUAACGACCGGGCAAAGAAAAUAUGGAGGACCUCCUCCAAAUUGGGAAGGUCCGACACCAGGAACUGGUUGUGAGGUGUUCUGUGGAAAAAUUCCAAAAGAUAUGUAUGAAGAUGAAUUGAUUCCUUUAUUCGAAAAAUGUGGCAAAAUUUGGGAUUUGAGAUUAAUGAUGGAUCCAAUGGCAGGUUGCAACAGGGGAUAUGCAUUUAUUACUUUUACUAAUAGGGAAGCAGCACAACAAGCUGUUAAAGAGCUCGAUAAUCACGAAAUAAAACCCGGCAAGAAUCUGAAAGUAAACAUUAGCGUUCCUAAUCUACGACUUUUCGUGGGGAACAUACCAAAGUCAAAAGGCAAAGAGGAGAUCUUGGAGGAAUUUGGUAAAUUAACAGCUGGCCUGACGGAGGUGAUCAUCUACAGUUCGCCGGACGAUAAGAAGAAAAACAGGGGCUUUUGCUUCUUAGAAUAUGAAUCUCAUAAAGCAGCUUCGUUGGCGAAACGAAGAUUAAGUACUGGUCGAAUUAAGGUGUGGGGCUGCGACAUCAUAGUGGACUGGGCCGAUCCUCAGGAGGAACCCGAUGAACAGACAAUGUCUAAAGUACGCGUGCUGUACGUGAAGAAUUUGACGCAAGACUGCUCGGAAGAGAAGCUGAAAGAAGUCUUUGAACAGUACGGUAAUAUCGAAAGAGUGAAAAAAAUCAAAGACUAUGCUUUUGUACAUUUUGAAGAAAGGGACAAUGCCGUUAAGGCGAUGAACGAACUAAAUGGAAAAGAAAUCGGAGGUUCUCACAUAGAAGUAUCCCUGGCGAAACCACCAUCCGAUAAAAAGAAAAAAGAAGAGAUGCUUCGUGCUAGGGAGCGAAGAAUGUUUCAAAUGUUCCAGGGUCGUAGCGGAGGUUCUCCGUCACAUCCAAGUAUGAUGGGAGGACCUAUGCCAAUUCGGGGACCCGGUCAAGGUCCUCGAGGUACUGGCGCAGGUAUGCGUGGACAAAUGGGACGAGGCGAUUACGAUUAUGAUUACGACUAUUACGGUUAUGGGGAUUAUCGAGGUGGCUACAGUGAUCCAUAUUACGAUGACUAUUAUCGAUACGAAGAUUACUAUUUCGAUUACGCGCCGCCUCCGCCACCUGCCAGAGGGAGAGGCAGGCAGCCUCAACCGGCUGGACGUGGUCGUGGAGUAGUCCCGCGUGGCCGAGUCGGUGGCCCGCAACUCCGUGGGCCAGUCAGGGGGGGACGCAACCCCGCAACUUCAGGGGCCCGUGGGGUCCAGCGGCUGUCCGCUCGUGGGGGGGUCCGCGCCAAGGGAAGUUUACCAGGUGAGGAUGCAGGUAAACGAAAAUUUGACGGGGGUCACCAGAACCAGGGGGAAUCUAAGCGUCGCUUCCAGAGCAACUGGGGAAACCAACCCCUCGCUCAGCAACCACUGGGCAACGCGUACGGAUUGGCGAGUGUGAACGGUGGCAGUGGUGGUGGUGGCGGCGGUGACAUAGGAUUCGGAGGCAGGACCGCUACGCUAGGCGGUAUUUCCAGUGACGAUCACGAAUGGUAUCAAGACUCUUACCAGUCGUGGAGCUAACUUCUGCAAGUUUGUGAGUGAACACGCACGCACGUACGUAAGCACGCACGCACGCACGCAAGCACGAACGAACGAACGAAAGAACGAAUAAACGAACGACGGAUAAACUAUGAGGAAAGCGGUAGAAAGCAACAGAGAGUCAACCGAACUAAACUUAAAAAAAAAAUAUAUAUAUAUAUUAUAAAAAAAGGUAAUAUAAUUGUGGAAGAAGAACGAGGAGCACGUAAUAAGCGGUAAAAUGGAUUUACGGUAGAGAAAGAUUUAAAAACGAAGGAGGAUAUAAUCCACUUAUAUAUAUAUGUAUACAUAUAUAUAUGUAUAUGUAUAUACUAUUUAUUAUAUCGAUCUGGUAAUUGUACAUGUUUUCGUACGUAUUCGAGCAUCGGAUGGACAAGCAAGUAAGAAAAAAAAAA